UUCGAUUCUCGAAAGAACCAGUCGUGCGUACGUGUGUGUGUGUCCAAGUGUCUCGCUGCGUGCGAGUAUGUGUGUGUGUGCAUAAAAAGGCAAUAGAGGCAAGGAGUGAAAGAGAGAGCGCAACGAAAGUGAGCGAGAAGCAAAAAUUGUUAGUGCUUAUAAGGAUAUAUAGCGAAGAGGGAGAGAGCGCAAUAGAGGGUGAACGAGAGGGAGAGAAAGAGCAGAAGAAGCAGCAGCGACGCCGACAACAACUCUCGUGAAUGCUGAGAAACAAAAGAGGUAAAGCCGCAGCAACAAAAGGCGAAGAUAACCCCACUUCCCCUGUGGAACACAGAUCAAUUAUAUAGAGCCACAUCUAUAUAAAAUAUAUAUUCAUAUAUAUAACACAAGGACGCAGAGGACAUAGAAAGACAGACAAAGGAGAGACGCGCCCCCCUCGUUUCCCGUCCAGCCAACAGCCGUGUGAAACCGUCUUGAAUGGAUCCAUUUGUUGGCUGGUUUCAGAAGGAACAGGAGGGACCAUCGCUGCGCACAUGGUUAAAGAUUUGGGAGACGAAUGCCCAGGAGAUGGGCGCAUUGCUUGAUCAACAGCUACAGCAGGCAACGACGACCAACGGCAUUAGCAGCAGCGGCAACAAUAAUAGUAGUGGUAACAACAACAGUAGCAGCAGUAACUCCUCUAAUAAUAUUGGUAACAAUUCAACGGGCAAAUUAUACUUAUCGCGACCCUACAGCUCAUUAAAUCGGGUACUGAACUUCAAAGCGGAUUCUCAGGAGAUCCUGCUGCAUCAGCAGAUCAACGGAACCACGCAGCGCCACAGCAGCAAUACCACCACCACCACCAUCACCAGCGGCACCAACAACAAUAACAAUAACAGCAGCAGCAUAGUAACCAGCUCGUCAGCUGAUUCCUCUACCAAUCGGGACAAUACCUCUCCCGCCAACAGUAACACAACCAACGGACCCGGAACAGGAGGCAACGGUUCAGGAACAGGAGCAGGAGGAACCGGUACUAAUAGUCCGGCGACAACAGCGGCCACCACAGCUGCGACCACGACUGGUCCAGCCACCAGUAUGAGCGACACCAGCAACAACCCGCCACAAACAACGACAACGCCAGCCAGCCGCACGAACAGCAUCUACUACAAUCCAUCGCGAAAGAAACGCCCAGAAAACAAGGCUGGCGGUGCCCAUUACUAUAUGAAUAACCACAUGGAGAUGAUCGCAAAAUACAAAGGCGAACCUUGGCGCAAGCCUGACUAUCCAUAUGGCGAAGGUGUCAUCGGGCUACACGAGGAGAUCGAGCAUUUCUAUCAGUACGUCCUGCCGACGCCCUGCGAACACGCCAUUCGUAACGAGGUGGUCAAGCGCAUCGAGGCUGUUGUCCAUUCCAUCUGGCCACAAGCGGUGGUCGAGAUCUUUGGCUCCUUCCGCACCGGCCUCUUUUUGCCCACCUCCGACAUUGAUCUCGUUGUGCUAGGUUUGUGGGAAAAGCUGCCGCUGCGCACUUUAGAAUACGAGCUAGUGAGCCGUGGCAUCGCCGAGGCUUGCACGGUGCGUGUUCUGGACAAGGCAUCUGUGCCUAUUAUAAAGCUGACGGACCGGGAGACGCAGGUGAAGGUAGACAUAUCGUUCAACAUGCAGAGCGGCGUUCAGUCGGCGGAGCUAAUUAAGAAAUUUAAGCGAGACUAUCCAGUACUGGGGAAACUGGUGCUGGUGCUCAAGCAGUUCCUACUGCUCCGCGAUCUCAACGAGGUGUUCACGGGCGGCAUCUCCUCCUACUCGCUGAUCCUCAUGUGCAUCAGCUUCCUGCAGAUGCAUCCGCGUGGUAUUUACCAUGAUACAGCCAAUCUCGGUGUUCUUCUCCUUGAGUUUUUUGAGCUUUAUGGUCGUCGUUUCAACUACAUGAAGAUCGGCAUCUCUAUUAAGAAUGGUGGUCGCUACAUGCCCAAGGAUGAGCUGCAGCGUGACAUGGUCGAUGGACAUCGUCCGUCGCUACUGUGCAUCGAAGAUCCACUGACGCCGGGCAACGAUAUCGGAAGGAGUAGCUACGGCGUCUUCCAGGUACAGCAGGCGUUCAAGUGCGCCUACCGCGUCCUCGCCCUUGCCGUUAGUCCACUAAAUCUCCUUGGCAUCGAUCCGCGCGUUAACUCUAUACUAGGUCGGAUCAUCCACAUCACCGACGACGUAAUCGACUAUCGCGAAUGGAUCCGCGAGAACUUCGAGCAUCUGGUGGUGGUGGACCGCAUAUCGCCGCUGCCCACUGCCGCUCCCACUGCUUUCGCCACCUCCAAUGGGGCACCCAAAUAUGUGAUCAUGCCCUCGGGCACCGUUGUCCAGCAACUGUACCACCAUCCGGUACAGGUGCCAACUCCUCACGGGCAUAGCCAUGCGCACAGCCAUAGUCUAGGCCAUGCGCAUCCUGGUGGCCAUUUGGGCCAGCCGUAUGUGACCGGUACCGCCGCAUCUGCUGCGACGACGACGACAACGGUAGCGGUGGUGGGCAUGGGCGUGUCAGCCGGUGGAGCCCAACAACAGCAGCAGCAACAACAGAAUGCGUCAGCCCAUUCCCACGCGCAACAACAGUCACAGAACCAAUCGCAGUCGCGUCACCGUCGUGGCAGCACCUCAUCGGGAGAUGACUCCGAGGACAGUAAAGACUGCGAUGUGGUCGAGACGACAUCGGGUGCUCAGGAGGUCAUCGAUAUAACGCUGUCGCCACCGAAUAGUCUAAGCUCCAUAACUAUGCCGUUGCCAGUGCUCGCCGUGGGCAUGCCCUCGACUAGCAGUUGGAGCGGUAAUGGAAAUGGAAACGGCAACGGUAGCGGAAGCGGAAACGGAAACAGCAGUUCAUCAACAGGCUCGUCGCCGGAAAACGCCCACAUCGCUGCCCAAGAGAUGGACCCAGAGCUGGACGAUCAGCAGCAACAGCAACAGCAGCAGCACCAUGAGACAUCCGGAGGCAGUGGCUCCACCGGAGGUGGCGGAGGUUCCGGCAGGGCAGGCGGAGACGGCAGUGGUGGACGCAACUACAACCAACGGGGUAAUCAUAAUUCCAGCGGGUACUACCACCAGCAGUACUAUGUGCCACCGCCGAUGCAGCAACAACUGAGCAAGUCCAACUCCAACUCCUCUUCCAACAACUAUCAUCAACACCACCACAGUCACAGCCAUAGCAACCAUAGUCAUCGACAACAGCAUCACCACCAGCAACAACAUCACCAGCAGCGGCCGCAGCAUCUGCGCCUUGGCGCCGGCAAUCGGUAUCAGAAAUCGGUGGGCGGAUCGCCUACCAUAAGUGCCGGCAAUGCAUCGAACAGCAGCAGCAACAGCAGCAACAGUAGUAGCAGUAGCGGCAGCAAUAACAACAGACUGCCGCCGCUGCGAGGCACGUUAGUGAACUCCUCGUCGGCUAUAUCAAUCAUUUCCAUAUCCUCAGAGUCAUCUAUUGCCAGCAGCAGCUCCAGUUCGUCAAGAUCUGGGCAGGAUCAGCAGCAAAACGAGCGAGAUGAGCGAUAGGAUUAGGGUAAAGAAAAAGAUUGUGAAUGUGUGUGAGAGAGAGAGAGAGAGAAAGAGAUAGUUACGAGCUAGCAAUAUUUAUGGAUUAUAUAUAUUUCUUUCUCAGGUUAACUGCAAACUAUGCUGCAUUUUUCUAAUUAAUAUUCCUGACUCCAACUCCUCCAUCCGUUCCUAACUCCUUCACAAUCCCAAUUAACUAAUGGUUAGACUUUCAUUUAACAUUGCUGUCUCGCUUAAACUAGAAGAGCGACGAAGACCUACUAAGCUUAAUAUUAGGAAUUUUGCCUCUAAUUUCGCUAAAUGUAUUUCAUUUUGUUUCUAAAAUAAAAAUGAAAGAAAAAAAAAAAAGGAAUAUAUAUAUAUAUAUAUACAUACAUAUAUAUAUAGAUAUAUAUUAAGAAAAAACGGUAUAAAUAUAAUUGUAAACACAUAAUUAGAUUGUAAUGGUUUAAAAGAGCGAUAAACUGAAGUAUGAAAUUAGCUGCUAACACAUAUUUAAGGUUCCGCAACACAUAUGUUUCACAAUCUCUAUAGAGUUCCAUUUUCCCAUCCAUCUUUUAACCCAUGAUCACUCGCAUUCAAAAUGUAAAAUACCUUGUAGUUUUGGAAAUGCUAUACAUUUUAAGCAAAUGUCUUGUAAACUACUAAUACCCCAUAUCCAGCUCCCACCACCCCAUCUCUUCAAAAAGAAAAAAAAAAGAACAAAAAACCGAAAUCCUGUGCGCAAUUCUUACGCUACUAUUACUAAGUGAUUUUGCGCGCAAUAUGUAAAAAAAAAGGAACAUAAUCGAAAGCUAAAAAUCCCAUUUCCCAAAAACAAAAAGCGCCAUCUUUCCUUUUCCCUUAACUCCCAAUAAAGUUUUUUUUUUAAUUUUUUUCAAGUUAAUAUUAUACCUGAAAUGUAAAUGUUUUUAUGAUUAUGAUUAUUACGAAUAUGAUUAUGAUGCUUAUUAUUAGUUUUUAUAACUAUGCUUAGAGAAUCGAGAGCAAACUAAAAUUGUACGAACACAUUGCCUAGACCCAAGGCAAUUGUGUUUUAAAACAAAAACAAAAAAAAACUAAAGAAACAAAAACAAAAAAAAAACAAACAAACCUACAACAAGAAACGCAUCUUUUGUUUAAACUUAUUUACAAUUAAUUGACUAUUAUGAUUAUGCAAUGAUAUGCAUUUUGCAUAGAUUCCUGCCAUUUGUUUGUAUAGUUCACAACGCUCUGUAAAUAUACUUAGUUAUCGCCUCCCCUAUGACACCUCGAAAAACCCCUCCCACCACACCCACUUCUAAACGCACUGCCAUUUUGAGAAAGGUUUUAAAAACACACGUCGAAAAGGAGCUAGCAGAAGAGUAGAAAAGAACAUUUAGACUUUGUACAUGUAUAACAUUUUAGGCUGUUCUUCUUUCCAUUUGUAAGAGAAAAAACAAAAGAAAGCAAAACAAAAGCAAAAAUACCAAACAUGAAACAAAAACUGAACUAAUUGUAAAGUCACUUAAAUAGUCUAUGAACAUAUGUUUUCGUCAAUCGUUUUUGUACGCGAGUCUUGGAAUAUAGAAUUUCGAAACUGUAAUACUAGGCAGCAACAUUCAUAUUUUUUUAUUUGAAAUUACUUCCUCUUCUUUAAAACAUGAGAUCGUAAAUGACAAAAAAAAUACGAGGCUUUUAAAUGCUCCUCAAAUCAUGUUGCAAUAUUUUAACAAUGAAUUAAUUUGUUGGGUGUGAUAGCAUUUUUUAAACACAAUUCUAGUACGUUAUCAAGCAGUUUUGUAAACAACAUGUACAAAAUAUUGUAGAUUUAAUUUUCAUAUUUUAAAAAUACUGUUUACAUAUAUCAAUUCGUUUUGGAUUUUCACUUUUGUUAUUAUAUUUCCUUUUUAAAAUACUUGUGUAAAAAAGUUGCAACAUUAAUUUUCUUUGUGAAUCAUGAAUCAUGAGCUAGGAGUUCAUGCCAUUUAAUGAAAUGAAAUAUUGAACAUGAAAUGGUUGAAAACCAGUAAAAUAGUUAUUUGGCGAAAUUUAAACUGAAAAUCUUAACAUAAGUAAGAAAAAGUGAAAAGCGCAGGUACUAAAUAGUUCAAGUUACCCGAAUUAUUUCAUAAAGAACUCGUUUUUUUUCAUUUAAGAUCCUCAUUCUGAAAACAAAGAGGUUAGAUACUGAAAUCUUUCUUUUAUGUUGCCUAGUGUUAAUAAAGUGAUGUCCAGUGCUGGCAAAGGCCGGAGGUGCUCUCUCCCUUUCGCACGAUGACUCCUACAAGCUUGCAGCUGAGCUUUGAAGCCCACCUUACACACACUUUCUCACUCACAUCACAAACACACAACCACACAAAACAGGCGCAUAAACACUUACAGAGAGGGACACUUAACGGUAAAUUAGCAUAGAAAAAGAAGAUGAAGCUGAAGGCAAGGAGUAGUAAGUGAAAAUGAGAUAAAAAGAGAGAGAAUAACGUAUAAGAAUUAUUAAAUUUAUGCACUCGUCUGUUGAAUAUUUAUAUGAAUUAUAUGUAUGUAGUUACUAAUAUUAACUAAUUGAUAAAUAUACAAUAUUUAUAUGCAUAACUUAUGGAUUAAUGUGGACAAACAAAUGUUUAGAAUUAGCGUUUUAGCCACGUAAGACUCGUAAAUGGUAAAUCGUAAAUCGACAACUACUUAGACUACAUAACUGUGUACCAGAGCAUAUGUAAGCACUCCCACACACAAACACAGAAACACAAUUACACCAUUUACACACGCAUAAUCGCUAUGAAUGUUGAGGUUAUGUCGUAGAUUUUUCAAUAUCGAUCACUGUUCGCCUAGCCUAGAAAGUAAGCUGAUGAACUAACUGUAAAAUUAACUCAUUUCUUUACUGGAUUCCAAGCGCCACGACCCUUGUCCUUCGCCCUUUGUCCAUGGUCCUUUGUUUUAUUUGCGUUUGCAUUAUCGUUUCGAUUUUUUAUUCCAUUCCGGAACUACAUACAUAAUAUAUUUGCCCCUUCCUUGUCCUUCCAUAAUUCGCAUAUGUCCUGUGUGCCGUUGUUAUAUAUACACAUGCAUAUACUCGAAAAUAAAAAACAAACAUUUUUUUGUCGUCGCGAUAUUAGUGGGUAUUAAUAAAUUAAAUUAAAUUUAAUUAACUACAUUUAACGCAACUAAAUUCAAUUCAAGUGAAUCAAAUGAAUCGAUACAUGUAUAUGAUAGAGUUCAAUAGCUGUGUAAGAAUCGGAAUCGUAACAAUUUAGUAUGCAAAAAUCGUAAAUCUAACUGAUUGUAUAAUUAGCUAAAAGAGAAAAACGGAAGCGAUAAGCAAAACGAUGCGACAAAUAAAAGCCGGCAAAAAACUA